CGCCGAUUCCUGAAAACGCAGGAACGUCUGCACGAGCUGAUUCUUCGAGCGAGUUUCUGGGCCAAUUUCUCCAGGCGGUAGUUUUCUGCGUUCCCGAGAUUCUGGGUUCUCCACUUGCUUCCGAUUCCACCGCCACAAAUCGGGCCGUGAAAAGCUGUUCGGCCGUCUCGCGAUAUGGCGUUCUUUUCCAGUGCGCUGCUCCUGACAGGAGAGCCUGGCUUGCAGAGAAGCGGUUUCGUGUCUAGCCAAUAACCUGGAAUAACAGUUUUCCGUCGGUCUGUUCCCUGGAUCUCCUCGUUUCGUCGCUUUUCAUGUUCCAGAUGUUGCAAAGAAGACCCUCUCACUCCAACCGGAACCGCUCGACUUGCGCGUGUCCUGUGGUGUCUGACACUACAGUAGGGUCUCAGAUCCUGUCCGCCAGGACCUUUGUUCUUAGCCACAUCAAGCGCAUUUGACUUCCAUUGUGAAUCCCCACCACCGUUUUCUGCCAUCCGCAGUCGUUUUCCGUAUCCACUGCGAGCAAAGGUCUCGAACAGCGCCUGCUCGGUUGUUCAGCAGGUGUACAAACUCAGGGCUGUGGCCGCUCGUGACUUUGAAUCUGAGGAGUUUGUCAAAACGCAUGCACCGUAGGGAACGUAGCUUUUCUUUUGGCUUCUCGCAUGCAAUGGCAGCAGGCAAGCGGUUUCUUUCGCGGGUAGCGGGAACUCGCGCUGUCUGCUCAUGUGUUUUCUCACCUGCAACUUUCUCGUCAUCUGAGUUUUCCUCUUCUCCAUCUUCGUCCUCUUCUUCAACUGCGACAGCUGUCCCCAUUGCAGCGUGCUCUGACUCUCUCUCAUCUGAACCGCAAGGCACACUGUCAACAUGUAGCUGCAUCUCUUCGCCGGCCCGCGCUUUGUCGAAGCGUUCUACCAGUUCGUCCUCCACCCGUUUUCCAGAUCAGCCUUUUCCUCUGUUUCGGCGUCGUCCGCGCCCCUCGUGUGAGUUCUCUUCCUGCUCUCUGCCUUCUCCAGCAGACCCGCGUUGGGUUUGCUUUGCCAGCCUCAGGCGUCCACCCUCGGCAUGUCAGCCAGCGCCGAUCUUAUUCCAGUCAAGGCCUCGCCUUCCCUCAGAAGAAUGUACACCUGACGGCUUCGGGGAGAGGCCUGAAGCGACCUGCGCGCGCUUCCCGCUCCUCGCGUCACCCGUUUCCUUCUCGGUUUCGUCUCUUCCAGUCUUGGUCCUCUUCCUGUUCCUUCUCUUCAUCCCGGCUUUGAGCGCUGUCAGCGUGUCGUCAAAGUCUUUCUCGCGUCCUCCUCGCGGUCCCUUCCCCUCCUCUUCUCUCUCGACCUCGUCUCGCUUCUUUUCGUGGACUCGCCGGCAGCCGAGCUGGGCGUCUCCGAAGACCGACGAGCCUCCAGGUGUCUACGCAGCUCGGCCCCGCGAUCUGUCGAGAAGAGACGCGAAGGAAAGCCUGCAUGCGUGUCACCCUUCUCUCCACACGGCGGCUGCGUCGGGUCUCGACGACGGUGCUUACAAACGCAGAAGGCCACCCCACGCUGUCCCUUGCAGUCUGGGAGCGGCGCGGCCGAUCGGGAGAAAGGAGGAAGCAAGAGAACGUACCAGAGAGAGCAGCGGCCGUCUCGUAUCCACCGUGGUUGACGUGACAUCCUUUUCGUCCGCCUCGGCCUUCUUUCUUUUCCCUCUAUCCCCCCCUCAUAGUGAAGCUGUGGUCCCUCCGGCUGAUGCCUCGUCUCUUCGUGGCUCUCUCGCUUCUUCUCUGCCAGCUGAAUCGGCAUUGUCUCCUUCGUUUUCUCUCCCACUUCGUUCUUCGUCAGCCUCUGUGUCUCCGACUUGGAGCCUCUCCUCUUUCUUCUCUUCGUCCUUCUCCCCUUCGUCUUUCGCUUCGCCUUUGGGGUCGCCGCUCUUUGCGUACGGGCCGAAGUAUCCGUACCCCACGCAGUCGAACCGGAUCAACAAGAAGCCGCCUUGCGUCUUGUCGUCGCCCUCGGCGUUUCCAGCGCUGCUUCUGACUCUGCCGCCUCUGAACAUCACUGCAGUGAAUCCCGCGUAUGUUGGCCAGCAUGUGCGUUUGCCGGUGUUGCCGUCUGCCGAUUUUUUCUCGCUUCUCACCGCGCCUCGUCUCGCGGCCUUCUUCCCGCCAAGCACGCGCAUCCGGCACUACUUGCGCGGGCCGGGAGGCAUCGAAAUCAGCGACGAGAGUCAGCCGUACUUUUCGCUUCUUCGGGACCUCUCAGAGGCCCGCAGAAGAAGCGAAGAAGAGAACAGAAGCCUCGACGAAGAGCGACAGGGGAGACAGGGAGAGAUCCUGCCCAUCUCUGCAGAGACGAGAGACGCGAUGGAGGCCCUCCCGCGAGCUGAAGAGACGCUCGUGUCUGCGAGACGCGAGCUGAAAGGGCGGGCGUCUCGGCCCGCGCCCCCCCGCGUACAGACACCCGAUCGACGGGUCUGGACCGAGUACGCCCAUCUCCUCGCCUUCCUCAAGCGCCGAGACGAAACUGGUGCGCCUGGCGAGUCAGCGGAGAGACGGAACGAGGCAGGCGAAAGUCGGAGCGCAUCCGGAGGCAAACAAAGAGUCGACCGUGAGAACACGCGUCCCGAAAUCGACGACGGCGAGGUACCCUCAGACGCGGAAGGCCGGGAGAAGGAGCACUCAGAGUAUCGCGUGUUCUUCGAGGAGAUUGCCAAGAUUUCCGAGAAGAGGAAACAAAUGUACAAGGGAAAGAAACCGUGGCGCGAAGAUCUCCACCCCACCAAAAGUAUUUUCGAUCGGCCAUGCUUUCCGGGCGAUGCGCUACCCUACAUUCAGCAGCACAACGAAGAGAUGAUCAAAGAGGGAAAGCUAGACCAAGUCAUCAAUGAAGACGAGCUCAGAUGCGAUGCUCUGUGGGCCGAUGACGAGGGUCGAAUCGUGAAGCUGAAGGCAAAUGUCCACAUCAGCGAACUUCGGAGUGCCUCGAAUCCUCCACCCGUCACUCGAGAGCGGCAAGCGCUGCUGGCGAAGCUCCCCAACCCUGAGCCACAGUGGAGAUUCGUUGUCACAACCCACCUCGGCUACAUCGAGGAGAAGAAGCUUAAGGUUGGAGACGUGCCUGAGAUGUUCACUCCUAAGCAUAUGAGAGAAAUAUGGAACAACCACUUCGCGCUUCCGAAGCGCGGCCGGCAGCCACUCGUCCUCGACGACGGAUCGAUCGUUCCGUAGAUGGCCACAAGGAGGAAGAACCGACGGGAGUCUGCUCGCUGUCUCUCCGUCGCUUGUAGUCGUAAAUCACCGUUUUCUUGUCAAGUUCGUGUAUGUGCUUCUACUCAUUUGUAACACUGCUAAUCCUUUCUACUUUUCUCGUUUCCCCUCGCGGUGUUGUUGGUCUUCGUUAUGUUUUUCGUCCGUGGUUCUCCGGGUUCCUCGUUCGGGAAGCUCCUCUCGUGUGGCGUCUGCUUCCGCUGUUCCCUUUACCUUCGGGGGUCUCUGCACCAACGUAUGUGUAUGCUAUUCACCACUCUCUCUGUGUUUCGUGUGUCACUUCCCCGUUGUGUUAAUUCUCGUGGAAGCAGAACGACUCUUGGGAAGGAACCCAAUCUUGCUUCGGCUAAUCUCAGCAAAGUGGCG